AUGCUUCCUAACAGUCAAGCCAGAGCGGCUCUUCUGUCCCUGGCCUUCGCCUUCGUCACCGGUACCAAAGCCAUCAGCCUGGGUGGCCAAGGUUAUGUGGACCUUUCCGUGUACGGUGGCAACCCACAACACCUCGGAGCCGGCAUCUUGUACGGUCUUCCUGACGAUCCUGCUUUCAGCCCCGAUAAGGCACCCACGCUGCCUUCCGACCUCUUUCCCGGCGCUGGCGUGAGCUUUGUGAGGGCUGGAGGCGCCCAGAUCCCAUUCAACGGCUACAACGGAGGCAACAUCACGGGCUACAAUGCGCGCUUCGCGUCGACAUUGCAGAACUAUCAGUACGCUACGGCUAGAGGAUCCAAAUUUGUCUUGCUACCUCAUGAUAUUUGGGGCGCAGAUGCAGCCACAUCCUCGACCAACGUCUAUCCUUGUGACGAUGGCGACUGCUCCCAGUACGGUGUCUUCCUAGACAUGCUCAUCUCCGACCUCAAGGCGAACAACAUGCUCCCUGGCCUUCAUAUCGAUAUUUGGAACGAACCCGACGGCAGCAACUUCUGGCCGCGUAGCCAGGACCAGUUCCUGCAAUCGUAUGCCUAUGCUUACCACAAAUACAAGGAUGCAUUUGGCACAGACGUACCUGUGCAAGGGCCCACUACUGCGGAGCCUGCAAACGCUGGCAGCACCUGGUGGCAGAAUUGGGCCAAGUACGUGCAGGCGAACAAUGUCGUUCCCGAUAUCUAUGCCUACCACCAGCUCUCGGGUCGAGGCUCCGCCAACUGCGGCAACGACCCUGUUCAGUCAAAUGCGCAGCUGGAGCAGAUCAAACAAGCAUAUGGACUCCCUGAUCGCCCGGUGCAGAUCAACGAGUAUGCUGCCCUCGACGAGCAGACUCCCGCCUACACCGCGUGGUUCAUCGGACGCUUUGAAAGGACGGGCAUUACAGGCUUGCGCGCCAACUGGGGUAGUGGCAAGGGUCUGCAUGACGACCUGGCCCGACUGCUGCUCGUGUCGGACGACUAUACUACGUUUGACAAGAUGGGCGACUGGCACGUUUUCAAUUACUACACCCAGGCGCAACAGGGGCUCAUCACACUUGCCGGCGCUACCGGCUCCUCGUGCUACGACCUUUACGCGACUCAAGACCGUUCCGCUGGGAAGGUGCAUAUCCUUGCAGGUACACGCGGCCAAGAGGGGCCGUACCCAAUCACCGUUUCCAACGUCAAUUCGGUUCCCGCUUUCUCGGGCAAGUCAAGCUUGCGCGCGCUAGUGAAAGAGAUCCCGUUCAACAAUGCUGGUGUCGUCCAGGCUCCUCAGGUAUUGUUCAACUCGAGCGUGGCGGUCAACAACAACCAGCUCUCCUACAACCUAACCAUGAACACGGACAGUGCCUACACUGUUGAUCUUUUUGCAAACUAA